UAAAGGGGAUGGGGAGGCGGCAAUGUCUGUCUGCCCAUCGGUGCGAGGAGCAGUGACAGGCGCAAACUUUUCCCCGUGCCAUUAAUGAGCCAAUUAAAGAGUUGGGCUCCUCACCCCGGGAGAGCUCUCUGCAGGCUGCCGGGCUCAGGGAUUCAAGAGAGAGGCUCCGGGGAAGUCACCCAGCGUCCUGGGAGGCAGCCCGCGGCCGGGCGCUUCGGCCCUCGGAUUGACAACGGAUCACGGAAAAAAACGGGAUUACUAUGACCCUCUUCCGAGGAGCUAUGCUGUCCGCCAUGAAUAGGAAAAAAAGCCAGAAAUACAUCGUUUGGUUGCUGUCUGGUGCCUCAAUCUUCUAGCUUUUUUUUUUUAUUUUUUUUUUUUUUUAAUGCAGUUGCUUGGAGUGCUGAACUGCAUUGGAUAAAUGCCUUCCCCAUCUAAUUGACUCUGCUUUUCAGAGUAUAUUUACUUUUUUUUCUUUUUUUUUUUCUUUCUUUUUAUUAUUUUUUUAAGAACAUCUUUACUCUUCAAUGCUUGUUUGCAUUUACACAACAGAACGGUUUUUCUGAGUAAUGGCCGCACUCAGAAUCACAGCCUGAUGCUCCGGAGAGAUGAAUUGCAGAUAAGUUUCCCUUCCACCUUUGGAUGAAUCUCUGGAGUUUAAAUUGUAGCAAGGAAGCGGGAAAAAAACACGAUGAAAGAGAAGUCCAAAAAUGCUGCCCGGACUAGACGGGAGAAAGAAAACAGUGAAUUUUAUGAACUGGCUAAAUUACUACCCCUGCCCUCUGCUAUCACCUCUCAGCUGGACAAAGCAUCCAUAAUCAGACUCACUACCAGCUAUUUAAAAAUGAGAGUGGUUUUUCCAGAAGGACUUGGAGAAGCUUGGGGCCACUCCAGUCGAACCAGCCCACUGGACAAUGUUGGACGGGAACUGGGAUCCCACCUUUUGCAGACUUUGGACGGUUUCAUAUUUGUUGUGGCUCCGGAUGGCAAGAUCAUGUACAUCUCGGAGACUGCCUCGGUGCACCUGGGCUUGUCGCAGGUAGAGCUGACCGGCAACAGCAUUUACGAGUACAUCCACCCCGCCGACCACGACGAGAUGACGGCGGUGCUGACGGCACACCAGCCUUACCACUCGCACUUCGUGCAGGAGUACGAGAUCGAGAGAUCCUUUUUCCUGAGGAUGAAGUGCGUCCUGGCCAAGAGGAACGCGGGCCUCACCUGCGGUGGCUACAAGGUGAUUCACUGCAGCGGGUACCUGAAGAUCCGCCAGUACAGCCUGGACAUGUCUCCCUUCGACGGCUGCUACCAAAACGUUGGCUUGGUCGCCGUGGGCCACUCGCUGCCGCCCAGCGCCGUGACGGAGAUCAAGCUCCACAGCAAUAUGUUCAUGUUUCGGGCCAGCCUAGACAUGAAGCUCAUAUUCUUAGAUUCCAGGGUAGCUGAGCUAACAGGUUAUGAGCCCCAGGACCUGAUAGAGAAGACCCUUUACCAUCACGUCCAUGGCUGUGACACCUUUCACCUGCGUUGUGCACAUCACUUGUUGCUGGUGAAGGGCCAAGUGACCACCAAGUACUACCGCUUCCUGGCCAAGCACGGCGGCUGGGUGUGGGUGCAGAGCUACGCCACCAUCGUGCACAACAGCCGCUCCUCCCGCCCGCACUGCAUCGUCAGCGUUAACUACGUGCUCACGGACACAGAAUAUAAAGGACUACAGCUCUCCCUGGAUCAGGUCACUGCUACCAAGCCGGCGUUCUCAUACGCAAAUUCAGCUCCGACCAUUACGGAUAAUAGAAAGGGAAGCAAAUCUCGCCUCUCGAGCACAAAGUCAAAAUCCAGGACAUCACCGUACCCACAGUAUUCCGGGUUUCACACGGAGAGAUCCGAGUCUGACCACGAGAGCCAGUGGGGUGGGAGCCCCCUGACCGACACGGCCUCCCCACAGCUCCUGGAGCCCACGGACAGAGCGAGCUCCCAGCCCCACGACGUCUCCUGUGCCUACAGACAGUACUCAGACCGCAGCGCGCUCUGCUACGGUUUUGCCCUGGACCACUCCAGGCUGGCUGACGACAGGCAUUUCCACAGCCAGGCCUGUGAGGGAGGCAGAUGCGAAGCUGGCCGGUAUUUCCUUGGCACGCCGCAGCCGGGAAGGGAGAGCUGGUGGGGCUCUCGCUCAGCCUUGCCUCUGACUAAGUCGUCCCCCGAGAGCAGAGAAGCGUAUGAGAACAGUAUGCCCCACAUCACGUCAGUGCACAGGAUUCAUGGAAGAGGACACUGGGAUGAGGACAGUGUUGUUAGCUCACCCGAUCCUGGCUCUGCCAGCGAGUCAGGCGACCGAUACCGUACCGAGCAGUACCAGAACAGUCCGCACGAGCCCAGCAAAAUUGAAACUCUCAUUAGAGCCACCCAGCAAAUGAUUAAAGAAGAAGAAAGCAGGCUACAGCUGCGGAAAACCACUCCUGACCCACUGGUGUCCAUUAAUGGCACAGGGAAGAAGCACGCUAUCUGCUUUGCAAGCUACCCUCAGCAGCAGCUGGCGGCGGAUGUCUGCCGCGUGCCAACAGUUGCCAACACUCCUCCCUGUGAACACAUCCAGCAGCGGGAUGGGAAGAUCAUGAGCCCACACGAAAAUGACUACGACAACAGCCCCACAGCACUGUCUAGGAUAAGCAGCCCCAGUUCUGAUCGAAUAUCAAAAUCUAGUUUGGUACUUGCUAAAGACUACCUGCAUUCAGACAUGUCUCCUCAACAAACCCAAGGAGACCACCCUGCAGCCUCUCCAAAUUAUUACAGCUCCCACAGGCAGUACUUUGAUAAGCAUGCUUACACACUAACUGGAUAUGCCCUGGAGCAUCUAUAUGACACUGAAACAAUUAGAAACUAUUCACUAGGCUGUAAUGGAUCUCACUUUGAUGUGACUUCUCACUUAAGGAUGCAGCAAGAUCCAGCACAAGGACACAAGGGAACAUCUGUUAUAAUAACCAAUGGAAGCUGACACUUUUUUUUCUAAAAACUUUUGCGCUUUAAAAAAUAACCUUUGAGAUCUAAUUGGAAGAUAUUCUAUGUUUUCACGCCCUUGUCCUUACCAGCAUUUCCCAUACCACAGUGCACUAGAAAGAAGAACCUAAGGUUUGGGGGGAUAAGUUAGUUAAAACACAUUACUUAAGGAAAAAAAACAAAUGCACUGGCAUGCAGGGUUAGAGUAAAUGGAGUUCAAUGCAAAGUUGGUGCCAUGCAUGCUGAGAAGGAUAGAAGAGGUUCGGGCAGGGAGUACCUGUGGCAGAGCAAUUUAUCCACAUUGUGUAAGAGGUGUUGUCCAAGGGCAGAUCUUCUGAACUGCAUAGAUACCAGGCAGCAGAACUGCUAUGCACUCUUUUUACACAGGAAGCUGGGAUGUGUCCCUUCAAAAUACACAACAAAAUGUGUACUUCUGGUGAUUUGUUUACUCCCCAAAGGCCAAGUAUGUUGUGCUGCUGUAUGGUAUAAAACAUCCAUGGCUGACCAAUAUAAGAUCAAAAAAGGGAGAAAGAAGAGAGAACUCCUCGAAUUGUUGUGUCCUUGUGUACUCACAAACAUAGCUAUUUACAUAUGCUUGAUUUGAAAAGAGUCCUUAUGAUUAGUAUGGUCAAAUGUUUACUGUAUUAAAAAGAAAGGGGUGUUCUCACUGUAGUUUUGAGAAACACAAAGGGCUUGCUUGUCUUGCUGUAGAGAUGGGAGAUGGUUCUCAUGUUUUUGUAAGGUCGCCCAUGGUGGCUAGUGGAGUGAAAUGGAAAAAAAUUGCUUGGAGGAACAGGGAGAAUAGACUGGAAUUAGGAGUGGUCCAAGGUAAACACUUAACCCUGUAGCUAAGUAUGCCAUUUAGUAAUAAUUAUAAAAUAAGGAAAAGUGGUUGAAUAAUUAAGAAUUAAUUUAAAACACAGAAGGAACUCAAUAGAAUCAUAGAAAUAUUGCUGUAAAAUACAAAUGCAGUUGCAUAAAUGUAAAAAUACAUGAGUUAAGAAUAGGUAAAAACUCUUUGGCAGUUUGUCUAACUUCUGAUAAAGUUUUGGAGUAAAUUAAGAGAGUACAGAGUAUCAUAACUACUCUGUCUGAAACUCUGUGAAGUAACAGGCAUGACCUUGAUAAAGAAAUAUAAAUUCUCUUCUUGAUUGCAGCAGAUAAUUUAAUGAAUAUCAGAAAAUAUUUUGGAUAUUAAAAUCAGCAAUAUGCACAUAAAAAAGUAGAGGGAAAUCAGUGUUCCAAGGAAUUAAAUUGCAUUAAGAACGCUGGUAUUAUCAAGGCCUGUCCUGGAGUUAUACAAGACAUCAAAAGAGGCAGAGGAACUUUUUUUAAAUUUUUAAUAACCUCAUGAACAAAGACAAUGAUUAAUUGGAAAAGAAUAAAUGCAAACAUAUGCUAAAAAUGUAAAAUAGGGCAUUUGUAGUCACAAUUGCUAGACCCGUCCUUUUUGUAUGGCAUUUAUAUGGUCCCAAAGUUGAGUGCAACAGGAGGGACCACUGCUCCCUCUUAUGCCAAUGUGGAGGAAAGGGGACCCCGAGGUGGUUACUAAAAUGAGAUUAGCUCUAAGACUAGCUUAAUUUGUAACAUUCAGAAGCUCAACAUAUGGGUCUGAGUCAUCAUUGGGACUAAAUAUAAACCAGCAUGCUAUGAGUGGGUUAAAAAUACUGUUUCCAAAUAAAACUAAUCAGAAGCAAAAGCUAAAUAAUAACAUUAUAAACCACGUAAGUAGAGACGUACUUGAAAGCAGAGGAAAUUACCUCUCUGAACUUGGAAUACUGUGUAGAGUCCUGAUCACUCCAAAGCAGAUUGUGAAUCUUGAAUUGAGUAGUACCUUACUCCAUAAGCAACCUUUGUUGACUGCAGUGUGAUCGCUCCUGGUGAAAUGCACGUUGGACACAAGGGAGAACAACACAGUCUGGUCUUUAUUAUCUAAACCUCGUAACAAAAAAGGUGGAGCAGAG